UAAAUAAAACUGGUGCAUGUGGACUAACCAAGUGUUCAAACACAGUGCCAGCACCAUCAGGCUGCACCGGAAUAACAGCAGUGUUUUCCUCAGCAAGUAGUAAACACUUGAAAUAUGACACAACGUGUAUAUAGUCGCUACAAAAUCUGAAUAAUAACACAGAAAAGCAUUGCCUUUGGGACCAAAUGCACAUUGGACAGUUUGUUAGUUACAUUUGUUUGUAUAAAUCUGCAGUGUUGUGUUCCCGGGAUCCAGACCAGUUUAACCUGUUCUGAUAUGACCCGGGCUGGAGAGUCGUUACUACUGAGGUUGCGCCACUACUUUCUCAGCAUUUCGGUAUGCUACGCCCCAAACUACGGGAGAAAAACACACGCUAGCUGUUGCUACACCCUGCCGAGGCUGGUUCGGUCGGGAUUUAGACGUAGAUAUAUCCAGCUCACGCUUUACAAGAACGCGUUUUCUCCACACCGAGGAGAUUUUCCCCACUGAGGCAAGAAUCCCACAAAAUGUAAAAGGUCGUCGCUGGAAAUAAACGACUCGCCGGAGCUGUUGGUGUGUCUGAAGCAAGGACUAGCAAAUAUAAACCACACUAUUCAGGCCGCUUCAUUGACUGUUAACUUUACGGUUGUUUAAACAUCGUAUCACGGUGUUAUAACAAAGGCAGUCGAGCGAGAACUGUGAUUUCCUUCUUCUCUCGGCCAUGCGAGGAGCUCGGAUCUUCGCAGAAGAAUGUGUCACCUUCCGGCGCUAGCUGAGUCGCGGCUCCAUGGCCAACAGUAACAACAUGCUUCUGGCCUCUGCCGUGGUGGUGUGGGAAUGGCUGAACGAACACGGCCGGUGGCGGCCCUACAGCCCCGCCGUCUCCCACCAGAUAGAGGCAGCCAUCCGGAGCAGCGACCCCCGCGGAGGGAGCGUUGUCCUCGGCCAGGUGGACAGCCGGCUCUCGCCGUACAUCAUAGAUCUCCAGUCCAUGCACCAGUUCAGACAGGACACAGGGACCAUCCGUCCGGUGCGGAGGAGUUUUUAUGACCCAGGCUCGGCCCCGGGUCAGGGCUGGCAGUGGGAGUGGGAAAACGAUGCGGGUACGUGGACGCCCUACGACAUGGAAGUGGCCAUCGCCAUCGAGAACGCUCACAACUGUCAGCAACCCUGCCUCGACCUGACACCACUUGGCUUCUGCUACCUCAUUGAUUUUCAGAACAUGACACAGGUGAACAGACAGAGCCAGAGGUGUCGGAGGAUUCAGAGACGUGCUGACAUGGCCUACCCUUUAGUGUCUGGUCCUCUCCCAGUACCCAAAGGAGGAGGUGGAGGCCUAACAGGAGCCCUGCUGGGUGUUGGGGUGUCGGGGACCAGCAUGGGGAUUGGAAGCACUGUCUACCCUAAUGGGGGCUUGCCAGCUACUGGACUGGGCCAGCCUUGUUCCUGCCAGCAGUGCAUGCUGGUCCUUAGUGUGAAGACCAAUACAGGAGGAGCAGGGGAAGGAGGAGCAGGGAUUCAGACUCUGGGUAGACGCUCACUAACCAUGCAGCGGCCCAAGAACUCAGCACCCACCACCUCCAAACCUCUGAGUCUGUCUAAAUCAGUCACUUUGGGACGAGGACAGCAGCAGAACUCAAACUCCAACUCCAAUUACUAUCAGACGCUGCCACACGGCCUCGCCAUCUCCAAAAACAUUGCCUCUCCGCGAAGGAACGCCCAGCUCUUUGCUCAGUCGCUGGCCGCCCUCACCGCUGGCACCUCCUCUCUAGGUAUCUCUUCGUCUUCCAACAGGCCGCCUCCGCCAUCCCUCCCGCCUCCUCAGCCUCCAUCAUCCAACCCAAAUUUGAUCCCUCCGUCCAUUCCGGCAAAGCACACCUCAUCUUCAGUUAACGAAUCAGUGCCAACCGCCACAUUAAUUACCCCUGCCAACAGCAUGACCACACCCCCUUCUCCUGUGCCCUCUCCAUCGCCGGUGGUGAUGAAGCCGCAGCGCACGCUGUCGUCCACGGCAACAGUGUGCCAUGCCCCGUUGCCGCAGAGAUCAAGCUUAGCCGGGCUGAGCAGACCAGCGCUGCAGAGGAUUGCAAUGGCCCAGUCCAGAGCACUCAUAGCAUCAGGUGUGCCUACCGUCCCAGUGAAGAACCUCAAUGGAUCCAGUCCUGUUCACCCUGCACUGGCCGGGAUCACAGGUAUCCUGAUGAGUGCUGCUGCUCUGCCUGUGUGUCUGACCAGGCCUCCUAAACUCGUGCUGCACCCUCCGCCUGUCAGCAAGAGCGACAUCAAACCUGUGCCAGGCUUUGGUCACUGCUGCAGGAAGACCACCAAGAAACAGGCUCGCAAGGGUAAAACUCCAGAGGAGGUUGUAAAGAAGUAUCUGCAGAAAGUAAAAAAUCCACCAGAGGAGGACUGUACCAUCUGUAUGGAGCCGCUGGGGGGUCCGUCUGGAUAUAAGGGUCCAGGAGUGGGGCCUGUGUCUCGGGCGGAGUCAGUCGGGCGACUAGCACAGUGUGGACACCAGUACCAUUUCCAGUGUCUGGUGGCCAUGUAUAAUAAUGGCAACAAGGACGGCAGUCUUCAGUGUCCCACCUGUAAAACCAUCUACGGUGUAAAGACAGGCAACCAGCCAGCAGGGAAGAUGGAAUACCAUGUCAUCCCUCACUCUCUACCAGGGCAUCCUGACUGCAAAACCAUACGCAUCAUCUACAACAUAGCACCAGGCAUUCAGGGACCAGAGCAUCCGAACCCAGGGAAGCCCUUCACUGCCAGAGGCUUUCCCCGACACUGCUACCUCCCAGACAGUGAGAAAGGACGCAAGGUACUGAGACUGCUCCUGGUAGCAUGGGACCGAAGGUUGAUCUUCUCAGUUGGUACUUCAAGCACUACAGGAGAGUCUGACACUGUCAUCUGGAACGAGGUCCACCAUAAGACAGAGUUUGGCUCCAACCUGACGGGCCAUGGCUUCCCUGACCCCGGACACCUCGACAACGUCCUGGAAGAGCUCCGAGCUCAGGGCAUCACAGAGGAUGAUGGACUGAUGGAAAAGUGAAAGGACAAGCCAUUGGGGCAGCAGAGACGGAGGAAACAACCGUAUGAGAGCAGUGAAGGGUGGAAGGGAGAACUGUGAAUAUAACACAAGCAAGAGGAGGAAAAGAUGAGAUCCUGGACUGAGACACACUCACUCUGCCAGCACUUGAAAGGGGUGCAGGGGGAGGGAGUUAGAGGAAGCUGCAGCACAGAAAGAUAAGCAACGCAGAGGAGGAGGAGGCUAAGAAACCAGCAGAAAGAACGAUGGCACUCAUGGUUUUAGCUGCUAGACAGCUAGGUACUAAAUGUCAACAAGUGAGAAUGAAUCGGUACAAAUAUUUAGGACAACAACACGUUUACUUUACUGAGAGAAAGAGUACUAAAAGUAACCAGGAAAAUAUGGUAAAAUGUUAGAGCAGUUAAAUGAAAACUGGGAGAAAAAGGACAAAGAGAGAAAGAAGUUGAGCAGUGGGGGAGGGGAUGGGGGAGGUGAGCAGGAAUAAUGUAGCAGAAAGAGAGAAAGAUGGUGUCUGAAUGUAGCGUAGGAUAGGAGUAUAGUAAAAUUAACUUAUAUUGUACUUAAUAGGUAAGCUAUCACUAAAACCACCAAGAAACCAAGAGUGAUGAAGAGAAAAGGGAAAGAGAGACAGACUGUGUGCCUGCUUUGUUCAAACCACCUGCUUGUUUGUAGUUGAAGUUUAGUGCUGUUGCUCCCUCUUGUGGUGAUACUGAUGAACUAUACCUCAGCCUGCAAGCUACCGGAACAAAUCAAAAUGUUACUAUGAGUUAUCCACCUGUGUUACUUUUACCCAUUUAACGUCAUUCCAUACGUUACCUCUUACCUUUGACUUGAUGAGUUGUUAUAUGACCUAGGCUCUGUAUGUUUAUGAUUGUGUGUGAAAUGACAAAAGACCAAACUAAGGCCUAGUCAUUUGGGCCUAUUUGGAGUCUUAAUAUUGAGCCACUGUGGUACAAGUUAACCUUAGAUACACAGGUACCAGUAUUUACUUAUUUUUGUCCCUUUUGAUGGUUCACAUGGUUUAAGUGGAUGUAAAUGUGUUGCAUCCUGUCAACACUGGGGCAACAGUGACAAAAAGUGAGGAUGUGCAUAAAAACCUGAUGAAGAUGAGCAUUUUGGGUUUUGCCUAGAAUUAAGUGCUGAGGAUUUGCUUCAAGUGUUUAGUUCUAGUUGAAUGAGUUUUACUGUCAGUGCUUAAACCCAAGACAAAUGAACCAAGAGCCUGGGACUGGUCUCACAGCCAGAAGGAGAUUGGGCAGAGGAUUGGAAGGUUGGGGGAGGAUGGAGAGGACAAGAGGUAGACCUGAAGCAGAGGUCAUGGCCUGGUCUGCACAAACACACAGUACUACUGAGGAGAAGGGGGGGAAAACCCAAAUAUUCAAAUACGUAUGGGUCAAUCUUGACAACUAGUCAAGGACACUGGGAUUUGUAAAGACUCAGUAGGAGAUCAGUAGCAUCAUUCUUAUCACAACAACACUGAUAACAACUCUCCUCUUCUUAUCUCAACCUUUCCUGACUGAUCAACACACUGGCCAGUCUCUGAGGUGGGUCUGUAAAUGACCCUUUAUUACAAUGUUGUGGCCCUGUCUGUGUGUGUGUGUGUGUGUGUGCGUGAGAGAGAAUCUGUGUACUAUGUAUACUACCAACAUGCUCCCGGUUUAGGGUAUUAUUUAGGUACUCCAUGGGAAUCACAUCAUCCUUUAACUGAUGAUGAUUGAUGAUGGUACUCCCUGUACUUCUUUAUUAUGCUUUUUUAAAUAUGAAAUAUAGUUACAUGUUUGCUUUUUAAUAGAAUUUUUCUUGAUAUAGAGUAAAUUGCCUUUUUUCAUUUUGUACAUUUCUGUUGUAUUAAUUAUGCCCUUUGUCAUUUUGUUACAAUUGGUUUACAAAGACAGUAUUUUUUUCAUUGUGUACAGAAGUUAAGCUGAUUUGCGUCAUCUUUUCUUUGGAAAAGGAAUUUGAUCGUAGACUUUUAUCUGAGUGUGAAAUGUAAUGAAUUUUAAUAGCAAGUCAAACCCUUGUACACUUGCUCUUCUGUGAGGUAAAGAAUAUGUUCAUUUUCUACAUAUCAUCUGUCCUGCUACUGUUCUGUACUAAGCCUUUAUCUGCCUGCUGGAGCUCUCAACAUUUGUGACCCUGGAUGGUUUCGUAGCAGAUUUGUUGAUGGACAGUUUGGUCUUAGUCUCAUGUCCACCCAUCUUUUAGCAGCAGAAUUGUUCAAGUGCAGAUGGCAUGAUGAAAAUGAUUAUUUUAAACAUUGUAAAAUGUUAUAAAAUCACAAGUUCCUCUUGUGUUGUAGCAGUUUUCUUGCUCUUUUGGCUCAAACACUGCACAAUGACUUGGGAAAACACUGAUUUUGUAUGAUCAGUAAGUCACUUAUGUUGAUUUAAAUUUUUCUUUUUGUCAUUAAAAGAAUGGCUUUGAUUUCUAAACAAUGAACAAGAAAUUUAAAUAAAUGGCAUUGCUAGUUGUAUUACUAUUGCUAUAAUUCGAGUCUGACUUGGCCAUGAUUUUGUUAUUGCAGGGUUCAAAAGUGUUGAAAUAUUCCAUAUAAGCAAUGUAGUGGACAGUAGCUGUAACUCACCAUUUCAGUUUUGUAUGUUCAUUAAAUGUGGAUUUCUUUCUCAUCACCAGUUAUCAUCCCUAAUGAAGGUGAUAUCUCCUCCAUAUGUCUGUGGAUAUGGGCCUUCUGUGACAUUGUCUUCUUUUAUUUUGAGGGGAUGGGAAAGAGGUGAUCAUAAGUGCUGGUAUGGGAGAGUGAGCAUCAAAACGUGAUAAGAAAAGCAAAGUGUAAAUAUUGCAAAAUAAUUGCUGGAGUAUGAGUGAUUAAUACAAGAAAAAAAAUAAAGAAUGAAUGAAACUUA